AUGGGUGAUAAUGUGGUUAGAUUUUUUACCAUGAAGUUCAUGGUGCACCAACAGUUGACUGAAGGUUUCCCAUCUUCAGAAAAAAGUCUUACAUUAUCCUCCCCCAAAGCAAAUAAUAUCAGAAAAUUAUUCAAAGUCAGAAAAGCACUCAAGAGCUACAGAACAGAGCCAACAUGCAAUGAACCAAGAGACACAGAAGUCUUACAGACCAGAUGGGUCAAAGUCAAAAGAGAUGGUUUCACCAACAAAGCAGCCUAUUGGGCUGACUUAGAGGAAUAG